ACACAUCUGCUCCACUGUGACCUUGACCCACAGGACAGGGGCAUGCAGAGUUGUAUAGUGAACGGAAAGCCCAACCAACAAUGGAACCUUCCACCGAUACCAAACAAAAUAAACAAUCACAAACCAAUAGAAGAAAAAAACAACCGCGUAAUACAGCAUAAGUGUUCCGCUCCAUAGUGCGUCGUCAUUAGGGCACCGCAUCGGCAUUCACUUCAAUGUCACGAAAUGCAAUCACGAUGUUUUCCCCUCUCGGUGGUAUAGUCCUUCUCUUUAUCUCGGUGGUUUAGAGUGUAGUAUAGUGUGGUAGCUGUAGUGGGCAACUAGUGUCGAACGGGCCGACAACUUUAAGAUGACCAAAGCCAGCCAGUGGAUGAAGGAUGAAAUUGAUGAGACGGAUUUAUCAAAUCAAAAGGUUAACGAGCAUGUUGAAAAGAUGAUCCAAGAUGAUCCACCGAAGGGGUGGGGGGAAGAUUCUUGCAACGCUCGAAAUUCAAAUCAAGGCGUUUCGUUGCACAAAAUCGAUGUGAUAUUGCAUCUGGGGCGAAGGGGUUUCCUAUCUCAGUUUUACCGAAACGGUUCUAUCAGUAAACCAGGCAAAUUACUGCAGCUCAACCUCCCAGACCCCCCCGCCUCCCCAAAAGAAAAACGGACAAUCAAUCCCCGCCACCCAGAAAGAAGGCCACAGAGCCAGCAGAGCGCAAAGCUAGAGAUUGAGUUUUCUAUGCUAAAGUUAUAGGUUGUAAUCGGUUAGAGAGUGGCGAAGCGAGUGAAUAGCGAGAUGUAAAAAAAAACCGCUGCAAAGGAAAUCUAUAUUUGUUGACUCAUUCCCGUGCUGUUUUUGGAUGUGGCAAUGCAAGCAUCACCUACAUGUUAGAGUUUAUAUGCUGCAGAUAUAUUUAAUAGUGGCUGCAGCAGCCGUAUAUAAGUAGUAGCAGUAGCAGCAGUAGUAACAGUACUACCAGAGGUAGUUGACGUCGCUAAGACGCUAAGAAAUCCUGUGUAGUUGUUAAUAUCAGCAGUUUACACAACAGUACGGUAACAAAAAAAAACCAAACACCCACAGGAAAACACACGAUUUACGUAUUUUUCGUCUAGCUUGUAAGGUUUUCGAUCGCUAAAACUCUGCAUAAAUCUUUGAAAAGACUAAAGCGAGAUCUCUUGUGGGCUCUAAGGGCAAAUGGAAGAAUAUAGCCUACUAUACACAUACUCUACAUCUCACACUCAGCUGGUAAAUGAGCAGAGCGCAUCGACCGAUUCUAAGGCAAACCGUUUCACACUUGUACCUUCGAGCGUAAGUAGCGAGUUUCAACUUCGGGGAACGAGAACGAUCGAGGGAUAUGAUCCACCGAAUUAUCUGUCAUCCACUGAUCCACUGAAAUACAAAAUAGUAGCGUCUUGAUGGACAAUCAUUCGAACCAGAGCGAGGAUACCAUUUUUAACGAUCCAGUAUGUUAUAUAAAGCGUGUUGAUAGAUUAACUUUCCGUGCCAUCCGUGCGCGACCUAGGGGAGGAGGCGAUAGGGUGAGAAGUGAGUGGAAAUCGAAGUUGAGAAACCAUUUGAUAUGUACUCCUUUCGGUAGAAAGAAACGUAAGCGUCUACCAUUUUUUCUAAGGGCCUCUAGUUCUGCGAUCGAUUGUGAUGUACUGUGAAGGUAGGAUCUUCUACUCUAACCAACCAACCAUUCAAUCCUAAACCGAGUGGCAGGCAAAUAGUCGCCCUCAGAUAUACAUGCUAUUGUCACCUCAUUCAGUUUUGCCGGUUUCUGCCAUCUGGACCUGUCCACUCUCUCCCUCUCUCUCUGUGCAUCCUAUAAACCAGGACGUUUUAAAAUUUAGGACCGAUAAAGCUAAGAAUGAGAAGCGCUUGAGAAGGGGGACGAGCGACUAAACCGGGCGCAUAUGCAAACGUAUGUAUCUAUAGACGGACGCCAAAAAAAAAGUAAUAAUACAAAAGACAAAAGAAACUGUAAGGAUAACUCCAAUUUGAAAAAGCGGACAAACUGAUGUAAAAAAACAAAUACCCAAAGAAACUACCGCCACCAUGACAGAAGACCUUGAAACAAUAACGUCGUUAUCUUUGUACCGUGUGUAUGUGUGUGUGGUGUGGUGUGAUGUGUGAAUGAUGCAGUUUGGCUUUCGUCUCUUGCUGGAGAGUGAAUGUGUCUCUAUCUCAGCUUCUAUCAGUACACAGAAAUCACGCAGUCACUGUGAUCGACUACUAACCGCAGUCUCUUGGUUUGUUUUUCCGGGGAAGGGACGGAAAUGGAAGGCACCAUAAUCAGCGAGACUGUACUAGCACACACUCGGUGAAGUAUUUGUAAUUAGUGUAUUAUGUGUUACUGUACAUUUCAUCAUGGUAAACGAAACGAAUUCGAAGACACAUUCUAAAGCAUCCCCCUUUUUCUAGACGACACAAAACGGACACCUCUCGCGCGGUAGAAGAACACUCGGCCAAAGUUAUCCGCUUGGCCAUAGACACCCCCCCGGGGAGUGGUAGUAGAAGUAGUGCUAGUAUCGGCAGCAGGGCCCUUUCCCUAUCUUCUGUAUUGUGUACAUGUUGAGGAAGCACUAGCGACUCCACCGAGAGUAAAGCGACGGAAAUGAAUAUUAAAAUAUCUCCCUUUUUCUAAAUGCAACUCUUUAGUGUACGUUGUUGAAAGUGUUUAUUAGUGUGUACAAUGGUAUAGAUUCCCUCUUCUCUCCCUGGAAAACCCGGACAUGUGUGUAGAGGCAAUCAAAAUACAUUUGUAGUCCCAGUACCACCGACUGUGUGGGAAUAUGAACUCAUACGAUAUCAAACAAUCGAUAGAAUCGACCCAAACUUGGCGCGGGGGGCGAGUGGUCCGCGAAGAAAGGAAUUUUUGCUCUCACAACGCUGUACAUGCAUGCCUAAAUGCACUAAACUCCCUUCUACACUCUAGAAUCUAGACUAACUUUUUUCAGUACAAAAAAGUGUCAUUAAUGCAAGGCGCAGGGUCCGCUGAUCGAGAGACUGCGGAGAGAUGCGGUGACGCGGUUGAAGUUGAACUAGGAAAUAACCCCUGUUUUCUGUAACAUACUUGCGGUAGCUAUGAAUUUAACAAUUUAGUAGUUCUAUCUUAAAAAUUCUCAUCUUUCGGAUGAUGGCGGCACGCGUGGCCACGUGGCACGAGAAGGGGUUUGGCGGGAAGAGUGGGACGACGAGAAAGGGUAUAAUAAUGUAAUUG